AUGGAGGCCACAACCUGUAAUGGAUCAGUGGAUGGCUCACCAGUCUUCUACCUGGUGGGCAUCCCCUCUCUGCCAGCGUCCUUCUUCCUCCUGGUGUUUUUUAUUUUCCUCCUCUUCUACCUGCUCAUCCUUAUGGGUAACGCCCUGAUCCUGGUGGCUGUGGUGGUAGAGCCCAGCCUCCACAAGCCCAUGUACUUCUUCCUGAUCAACCUCUCAGCCCUGGACAUCCUUUUCACCACAACCACUGUCCCCAAGAUGCUGUCCCUAUUCCUGCUUGGGGACCACUUCCUCAGCUUUUCUUCCUGCUUAUUGCAGAUGUACCUCUUCCAAAGCUUUACAUGCUCUGAAGCCUUCAUCCUGGUGGUCAUGGCCUAUGACCGCUAUGUGGCUAUCUGCCGCCCACUGCACUACCCUGUCCACAUGACCCCACAGACCAAUGCUGCACUGGCGGCCAGUGCCUGGCUCACUGCCCUCCUCCUGCCCAUCCCGGCAGUGAUACAGACCUCCCAGAUGGCAUAUAGUGAUAUCGCUUAUAUCUACCACUGCUUCUGUGAUCAUCUGGCUCUGGUCCAGUCCUCCUGCUCUGACACUACUCCCCAGACCCUCAUGGGCUUCUGCAUCGCCAUGGUGGUGUCCUUCCUGCCCCUCCUCCUGGUGCUUCUCUCCCAUGCCCCCAGCCUGGCCUCAGUGCUUCGCAUCAGUUCCCGAGAAGGCCGCUCAAAAGCCUUUUCCACCUGUAGUUCCCACCUCCUGGUAGUGGGCACCUACUACUCAUCCAUUGCCAUAGCCUACGUGGCCUACAGGGCUGACCUGCCCCAUGACUUCCAUGUCAUGGGCAAUGUAGCAUAUUCCAUUCUUACACCAAUCCUCAACCCUCUCAUUUACACCCUAAGAAACAAGGACGUCAAGGCAGCCAUCACCAAAAUCAUGCCUCAAGACCAAGGCCACGACAGGAAUGCUUGA